GUGCCGUCUGCAGCCAGGGCCCGCGGGCACACGGCUGCUAAGGGGGCUGCUGCCCCCCAGCUGCCCAGGAGCAAGGGCCUGUGAUGGGCUCUUUAUCCCUAGGCUAGCCUUGCAGUGGGGAGUCAGGUCUCUCCCGUCGAGCUUUAGACCCACGCCUGCUUUGCUGUGGGGCCUGGAGUAGCCCCCCCCCGCCCCGGCCCCUCACCGCCCACUCUCGCUCAGCUGAUUUGUACCCGGGUGCCCAGCCACAGGCAUUGGAGUUGGGGGCUUGAAUGAGGAGGGGUUUCGCCUUGAGCAACAGGAUGUUCCCCGGAAGAAGGCACCCAAAUGGUUUCUUCUACGGGUGACGAGGACAUGGGGUGGGCGCCCCAGGACCAUCAGCAGGCAGCCAACUGGGAUUACCGACACAGGAGACGCGGGGAAGGCUUCAGGGACAGGUGGCACUCGCCCUUUUCCCGAGACAUUGAACCCUGCCCCGCUGACUUUUACGGGGGUGACAACGGUGGGUGCUGGGCACCCCAGGACCAUCCGCAGCCAGCCAGGUGGGAGAACCAACCCGGGAGGCACGAGGAAGGCUUCAGGGAUGGGUGGCACUUGGCCACGCCACCUAACCAGCACUGUCUGAAGUCAAUAUCAAGGGAGGAACAUGGCAACUCCUGGGACAGAAUGAGAGAAGCUACUCACAGGGCCACCUGUUCCUUCCGCAGGGAGCGAGGCUUCUUCCCCAGGAAGUAUCGUGGCCGCGGCUGGAAGCAUCACCGCGGCCCUUUCCGAGGCGGCUACCGGGGGAAAUUCGACCCUCACUACCACCGCUUUCAGUCUUGCUCCUCCAGAGAAGAGUUCAAGUCGUCCAGGUCGUCGGCCUCCCGCUCCCCAGAGAGACGCUCGGCGUCGAGUAGAAAGAAAAGUGUUUCGUCUAAGACAGAGAAAGCGAAAACAGCAGCGCCCAAGAAGCCUGGAAAAUCCAAGAAAGACUCCGCAGCUCCAGUGGAAGAACCCAAACCACCCCAGGUCCAGCCGGAAGCUAGCCAGACAGCCACAGACCCUUCCAGCCAGGCCGGCUCUGCACUGGAUACUGAACCCCCAGCUUCACCUGAAACCACAGAGGAUCUUCAUCCCAUGAGAACGGAAGGAACUGAGCUGGGCCACUGUUCAGUCCUGCCCCCACAGGUCCCAUCCUGCCCUGGGACAGUCCUCAUCCAUCUGAAAUCUCUCCAGGUCCAGCUGGGGGCCAGUCUGGAGGCUGCAGACAAUCACAGCCAGGCCGGCUGCACUCUGGCGACUGACUCAAUCCUGGCUGACACCCCGGGGGAUCUUUGUCUCCCGGAGGAAGAAAUAGAGACGGUCCAGUUGGAAGCCAGCCACGAAGCCACAGACCGUCCCAGCCAGGCCGGCUCUGAUCUAGCUGCUGAGCCACCAGCCCCACCUGAAACUACAGAGGAGCUUUAUCCUAUCAGAACAGAAGAUGCUGAGCUGCUCCAGCUGGAAGACAACCUGAAGGCCCCGGAUCUUCUCAGCCAGGCUGUCUCUGCUCUAGCUACUUUACCUCCAGUCUGGUCUGAGAUCACAGAGGAGCUGCCUCCAGUGGGAAAGAAAGAAACUGAGCUGGAGCAGCUGGCCGCUCAUCAGGAGGACGCAGGUUAUCCUUACCAGGCCUGCUCUGCUCUGGCUGCCCCAUUGGAGACCAUGGAGUACCUUCGUUCUGCUGCCAUACUGGCCAGAAAGGAAGAAAUUGAGCUGUCCUACCAGCAGUCCAGCCUGGCCUUCGCUGUGGUGGCCGCCAUGCUGCUGCAGAAGGAGCCCUCCAUGGAGGCGGCGAUGGGCUCUGCGCUGCGGGCCAACCUGCGGCAGGUCGGGGGCCACUGCCUGCGGGAGCUGGAGCGCUUCAUUAGCAGCUACGACUCGGGCUCCGCCCGCUUGUGAGAGGC